AGGGUCGCUGUUACUUUGGAUGAUGAGCUGCGCUCAAGGGUCGACAGCGACUUGGAACUACUUUUCCCGGCGUUCCCUGCGCGUAAGACGGAAGCGAGGUGUGCUCCCCAGUAGUACAGAGAUGCCGGGUAUCCAGUUCCUGCCCUUUUCGAUCCUCCUUGGAAUUCUGGGGAUCCUCUGUGUGGGGCUGACAGGAUUUUGGGGCCAGCACUGGCUUGGUGGCUUUGCCUGGGAUGGUUCUUCUGAAAUGUUCAACUGGCACCCAGUUCUCAUGGUGACAGGCAUGUUGGUCUUGUAUGGCUCAGCGGCACUGGUGUAUCGUGUGCCCCUUUCUUGGCAGGGUCCCAAGCUUCCAUGGAAGCUGCUCCAUGCGGCACUGACUUUGGCGGCAUUUAUCCUCGUCGUACUGGGGCUGGUUGCUGUCUUUGAGUUUCACAACAAAAAGAAGAUCCCCAACAUGUACUCACUGCACAGCUGGCUGGGGCUAACUGCUGUGCUGCUCUUCUCCUGCCAGUGGCUAAUGGGGUUUGCUUCUUUCCUGCUACCUUGGACCCCCAUCUGUCUGCGAGCCCUCUACAAGCCCAUCCAUGUCUUCUUUGGUUCGGCCAUCCUUUCUUUAGUUAUGGCAGCCUGUAUCUCUGGAAUCAAUGAGAAGCUGUUCUUCAGUCUAAAAAAUUCAACAAUGCCAUAUUCAAAGCUCCCUGCAGAAGCCUGGUUUGGUAACAUCCUGGGGAUGCUGAUCCUGAUUUAUGGCCUCUUAGUAUUAUGGGCUCUUGCUGUAUCUGCAUGGAAGCGUCCAGAUGCAAAUUCACAAGACAUUCAAGAGCCUUUGCUUCAGGAAGCCAGAUGAAGCAAAGCUGCCAAGAGACUAUGACCCAUUUUUGUGUGCCAACUGGUUCUCCUGAGAUCUGGAGGCUUGUUUCCUUUCUCCCUAUUGUGUCGUUACUGGAAUUGGUACAGUAAAAACAAUUUCUUCUGGCAAGAUGCCUUGUCAGCCCUCUUGGAUCUUUUUGAGAACCUGGCUUCUUUGCUGACUUGAAGUAUUCUUGCUGUGGGCUGAUGGACAUUGUCUUCUCUGAACCACCUGUUCUUUUACUCACUGCUGUGCCAUUGGAUAUGUGAUAUUCUUACCAUUAUGUAGAUUUUUUUAUUUUUGUGGCUCACUCAAAAUCAAAAUUACCAAUAAAAUAAGCAGUUGUAA